AUGGUAGGCAUCAAUGCAAAAAAUAAACAUAUUAUUGAUACAAAGUACAUUUGUCCUGUUUGUACACUGAUACUACGAGAUCCUGUACAAUUAAAUGAAUGUGGCCAUCGACAAUGUCAAUCGUGUUUCGAUGCCCAACAUGAAAUAACAAUAAAAUGUCGACAAUGCCAAUCUGAAACAUCACGAAACAAGAUUAUCCGUGCCGAAAUGGAAGAUCAUUAUUUAACUGAACAGCAUCAACAUGCUAUAAUGAAAGUUGUUCGUCAAAUGUUAUUGCAAUUAAGUGGUAGACAGGUAGAUAAUGAUCUUUCUCAAAUAACAACAGCAGAAAUUUGUGAUCUAGCCACAACUCAAUUACAAGAGCUUUUUGAAAUGCUCAACGUCUUGUCAGGUGGUAUUGAAACAUUGAAUAAUGACCAAGAACGUCUGAGCAAUGAAUCACUUCAAAUUCAAGUAACAAUUCCAACAUUGACAGAAGAAUUAUCAAAAGUUAAAUUAUCGACUGAAGAAUCAAAUGCUUUUCUGGAAGGAGUGAAACAUAAUCAAGACAUUCUCAAUCAAGAUUUAGCAUCAUUGCAGGAAAAAAUCAAUGAUUUCCAAUAUGUUUCAUAUGAUGGAACAUUAGUAUGGAAAAUUACAAACUUUCAAGAGAAAAUGCUUGAUGCACAAUGUGAAAGACAAACAUCAAUUUAUUCACCUCCAUUUUAUUCAUCUCUAACUGGUUAUAAAAUGAGAGCUCGUCUUUAUUUAAAUGGUGAUGGAAAUGCUCGUCGUACACAUAUGUCACUCUUUUUGGUGCUUAUGCGAAGUGUAAACGAUCCGAUUCUCAAAUUUCCAUUCAACUAUAAAGUGACCUUCUGUUUGUACGAUCAAACGCCUGCACAGCGACAUAUUAUUGAUUCAUUUCGACCAGACAUUCGAUCAAGUAGUUUUCAACGACCUCGAUCAGAUAUGAAUAUAGCAAGUGGUAUACCAAAAUUUUUCUCAUUAGAAAUAAUUCAACAAGAAGGAAAUUCUUAUGUACGAAACGAUACAAUGUUCAUCAAAGUGAUGGUUGAUUUUGGUGACAUACACAAAACACUGUUACCUUACGUUUUGAGUCUGAAUCCAGGUCUACCAACUCAUGUUCAACAAGCGAUGAUCAAGCAAGAAGCUGAACGCAGAUCUCAACAACGGUCGUGCGAGUAG